AUGAAGUUGUCAAAGGAUGUCAGAGCUGUUCAUGUGGCCUUUUCCCUUCCACUAAAUCCUCCUGUCUGUGAACUCCUGACCACAUCUGAAAACCAUAUUAUCCCCCCUUUCAAGAAACGUAAGAUACCCACAAGAAAUAAAGAUAUCCCUUUGUCUAUUUAUGUUGACGAUGGCCGUGAACUUGAUGGUGGAGCUAUUACAAGAGAAACUUUAUCUGUCAAAUUGUUUGUGGGAAAACACUUUGAGCUGACAAGUUUUCAUGUUCUUUCAAUAUCAACAUAUCCUAUAAUUCUUGGCACAAAUUGGCGUGCCCGGGAUGAUGGUUUUCUAUUAUAG